UUCUUUAUUUUCAUUGAUUUUCUUUCAUUUUCCUGCGUUACUUUUCUGGGCAAGGAAAGGAAAUAAUUAAUUCGCUGAAAAAAGUUAAGAAAUUUCUGGAUCAAUCUGAGAUUUUCUGCUUCUUUUUCUUUGCAGAAAUAAACUUUCCCGGCUGAUUCUCACACACAAAAAAAAAAAAAUUCAAAUUUCAUUCUCUUAUUUUAUUUUAUUUCAUAUUUUGGGAAAUUUAGAACGAUAAGCGACAAUGAAUAUAUUCAGAUUAGCAGGGGACAUGACCCAUUUGUUUAGUGUUCUUGUUUUGCUUCUUAAGAUCCACACAAUCAAGUCUUGUGCUGGCAUUUCACUGAAGACUCAGGAACUCUAUGCUAUUGUCUUUGCUACUCGUUACUUGGACAUAUUCACUAAUCAUAUCUCGCCUUAUAACACAAUCAUGAAGCUAAUAUUCCUGGGCAGCUCUUUCUCAAUUGUAUGGUACAUUCGGUAUCACAAAAUAGUUCGUAGAUCUUAUGAUAAGGACCAGGAUACAUUUCGACAUUAUAUCCUUAUACUGCCUUGCCUGAUUCUUGCCCUUCUUAUAAACGAGAAGUUCACCUUCAAAGAGGUCAUGUGGACAUUUUCCUUGUAUUUGGAAGCUGUCGCAAUACUUCCUCAGCUUGUAUUGUUGCAAAGGACUAGAAAUAUUGACAACUUGACUGGACAAUAUGUGUUUCUCCUUGGUGCAUACAGAGCAUUGUACAUAGUGAACUGGAUUUAUCGGUACUUUACUGAGGACCACUUUGUCCACUGGAUAACUUGGAUUUGCGGUCUUGUCCAGACAUUGCUUUAUGCUGAUUUCUUCUACUAUUACUUCCAGAGCUGGAAGAACAACAUGAAGCUCCAAUUACCAGCUUGAGAUUUUCAUGGUGCAAGUUUUGUAUUAGCAUACAUGGAUAUAAGGUGGUCAAUCUGCUUUGAUAACUGUUGCUUGAUAUUUUAUUGAUUUACCCCUUUGUUUGGGGUGCUUUUAGCAAGCUUUUAAGCAACAUAGCUUGGUUAAGACCCAAAUUCUAUAUGCCUUAAGAGAUUGUAUUGCAUAAUCUGUAUGUGGAUAUCCAAGGAUUGAUAACCACGUUUGUUUUUAAUCUAUUGCAGAUAGUAAUUAAAAUA